CGACGCGCUAACAUUAUGGCCCCGCAGUGAGAGGAUGUGCAUGCUUCAACAAAACUAGAUGGCUCAUUAAAUAGUAAGUAAAACAUAUAGAAAAAGCUUGAGAUCAAUGAACCGAAUGCUUAAUAUUAAUAUUGUGCAGUGUAUGUCUGCAAUUAAUAAGCAUGACAGACAAGAGUAUCAACGAUACGCGACCUACAGAUGAAACCAAAGAAAUUCGGAGUCGAAAUUCAAUGUUUUCGAAGAACAAAUUCAAAACAAACAAUAAGUAUCUACGAGAACAAACACGCUCUCCAUCAUUGAGUGCAUUGCUGUAUUGUGAAAAAGAUGUGGGAACCCCAAAACCUAGAUCAAGGAGAAGAUUUAAUUGUUGCCCCAAUGGUGAUUCCCCAAGUGAGGCAGACCCUCUGCAGGACAUCAUUUGGGAUCCUGCUUCACCACCUGCAAUGAGCAAAGGAAAAGAAGCAGGAGAAAGUGUCGUGGAAAUAUCUGAGAUUGUCAACAGAAUUGCACCAAAUAGAAGUCUGUGGAUGAAGAUUCUGUGCUUCACUGGAUUGGAGAUUCUGCUAUUCCCUGCACUCCAGAGGUUCAGCAACCCAGAGUACGGCGGUGCUCAGCACGUGACUGAUUUACCAACUGAACUUAUUCCUUUGUCAAGCCGGCAAUGUAACAAUGUUGAGGACCUGAUGAAACUUGCUAAGCAGUUUGACCUCACCAUGACUCGCCAACACAAAGACACUCUUGAGAGGCUGCAGAAUAGUAAGGGUCUAAAUUGUAAGGACUUGCACAAGCUCAACAAACUCACUGCCACCCACCCAGAACCAGAGAGUAAUGGUGCUUCAGUUGAAGAAGCCAAGGGACUAGGCCAUGAGGAGGAGCUGCAUGCUAUGUUUGAUGGACCGACUCAGCACUUGACUGGGAGACUAAGCCCUUUAUCAGCUAAUUGUUCACAGGAGAGCAGGACUGAAAAAACAGCUACUCAUGGAAUGAGACCAGUCACUUCAGACAGCAAGAAUCCUCCUGAGGAUGCUCAAGUGUCAAAACCAGAUUUUGAUGAUGAUUGGGAGAAUGAUGAUCUUCUGAGUGACUUUGUACUGGAGGUGUCUCAGAACCCUCAGCUUUUGAGCUCCUGUAUGGCAAGGCCUACCAGCCAUAUAUCAUUUGCUGCUUCCAAAAAAUGUGAACCUAAGACAGCAACCAGUUCCUCUCUAGCAAGCAGCAGAGAUGGUUGCCUUCAUGCUUACCAAAUUACCAGCCAUUACACUAGGAUCUCAUCUGAAACUUACACCAAACCUAGUUCUUUCAGGUCAGAUGGGCCUGUCCAGUCUGAUGCAAUUAUGCAACUUCCCAAAACUACCCCUGAUUCAGUCAACACAGAUUCAGAAUAUCAAACAGCACACACAGUGGGUGGAAAGCAACAGAUUGCUGUUGGCCCAGGAGCCAAAUAUAUAACCAGUUCAGCUGGAGCAUCAGGGAAGGACCCUCUGUGGGGUGAUGGAGAUGAUGAUGAUCUGCUUUAUCAGGCCUGUGAUGAUGUGGAGCGAAGCGCAGCCAUUAAAGAGAAGCAAAGAGACAAGAAUUUAACCAAGGCCUCAUAUUCUUUACCUGAAGUACCUUCAUCUAUCAUCACUGUUUCUUCAAGCAUGAGUAGAAACAGUACAACUUUUCAAUCUCAGCAUCCCACAGAAUACAGACACCCAGUGUGUGUUUUUGCACGCUCACAUUCAAUACCAGGUGCUUCAGGUAAUCAUGUAAACAAGCAAGGCUUGUCUGAAUCAGCUAGUGCCUUACAAGUAAACCACUAUCCUGAGAACAGCAAACAGCAGUACCCUGUCACUCAGCUGAUGCAUGCUACAGGACCAUCUGGAGAAAACUCUUACCAUUCCACUUUCAAGAGGCAUCAAUCUGACCCAGGGAUAUUGAAGAACAAAGUGUUUAUCACAUCACAGCCAGCAGUGAAGUGCUCAGCCACUGAGAUUGAAAGGAAGAAACAGGAAGCUAUAGCAAGGAGGAGAUUACGACUGCAAGCGACUCUGAAGCCUGCUGCUCCCACAUAACCCACCACAGAGAAGCUUGAAUGCGUAAAAUGAGUGCUAUCUGCCAUUUGACAUUUAAAGAAAGUUAUGGUCUCUGAUUUUGUGUAAAAGCUGUUAGUGUCAAAACACUAAAACCUAUUCAUUGUCUGGUUAUUUGUGUUGUAGAAAAUACUCUUUAAUUUCUAAGAUAUUAGAUAUUAUUUCCAGAUAUUUUCUAGAAAAUGAGACAAAAUAGCAGUUCUUAAUCAUUUAGAUAUACCCUGGAGAGGAAUGUAUAAAAUUUCUCUUUUAGAAUUGUUCAUCAAUCUGGGGUUCCACUUUUAGUUACAGUAGAAACCUGUGUGUCAUUGUGAACUGCAAAUUGAACUUUUCUUGUUUCUGUUGUCUUUUGUGUGUUCCAUCACUUAGCAGUGGCUGUCUACUCUGUGAUUUGCAAAUGAUUGCCAUGAUAAAGCAUGGAUAAUUUUAUUGAUUUGUGAAAGGCAAACCUUUCCAUUUCAAAUAAUGUUUCUAAGCUAACAGUAGGUUGUUUUCAAGCUGCAAGAACCUUUGGAAGAAGUGCCAUUCUACUUGUUUCUAUAAAGACAAGCAAAUCUCUUUAUAUACAAGUGCAACUUUUGGAAGGCAUGUUAUCCAGUUUUUGUUUUUCUGUUGUUGUUUUUUUUACCUUGGCUUUCUGAACUGUGCUGUUUGGAUAACCAAACUUCCUUUCAGUUUAUGUUCUUAGAAACAUUCUAAACAUAUUGCAGUGUGUUCCUGGUUUUCCAGGCUUUAAGAACAUCCCAAAUGCUUUACAUUGAUGAAUGUUGUAUUUCUUUGAUUCAUCGUAACUCAUUACCAUUUUGUAUGUAAUAGAAUUAAAAUGUCACUUGUGGGAAUUUUCUUUGCACAUUAAAUGAAAAGUCUCUGUCUCCAGCACACCUGGUGCCUUGUACAUGCCACAGUGUUUUUCAUUGUUUGCCCAGGGGAAUGCCUGUGUUUCACCUAGAUCUGGACCCUUGCCAUUUUCAGGUGUAGGAUACACAGGUGUGUGUGCCUGUGUGUUCCUGGGUUUGUGCUUUCUGAGUCAAGACUUGCAUGCAAUGAAUUCUCACCACCCUCCUGCUCAGUGACUGUAAAUCAAAUGGCACAGUAAUUUGGCACAGGGAUGAAGGCUUUUUUUAAUUACUGUGAUUAUGGUUAUGAUGAUGACUCCAAUUUAUCCC